AGAUUUCGUUGCUGCGAUUGGAUGUAGUAGGUACUUAGUUGAGCUGUUGUGACUAAUUCCUUGAGCUUAACUCUGAUAAAGUGAUUGUUUUUCUCUAAUAGUCUACUACAAUCUGCUAGUAGAGGGGUUAUUGGGUGGAUUUAUUGUGAGUAAUCAUCAUUACAACCGUCUGGAUUUGGAGGACUUCGAGUCGAGUACAUACUUGGAGUGAGCGUUUGGUGAGAAUUGCGCGCAAAACGUGUUCAGUAGGGUUUCGAAGAGAACAUUUGCAUCGUUAUCGUAGUUUUUUGCUCAUUCGUUGGUAGUUCACAUGCGCACGAGCGUGCUUCGGAGAAUCUUUGGAAGGGAACAGAACAGUGCCCGAAAGCGAUAGAAUUAUUCGUCGGAUGACCGUGUAUCCAUUCGGGAGUGAAAAAGUAUCUUCUCUCGGCGGCCCCAACCAAAACUAAACGGCUCCACAGUGACUAGACACACAUAUCGAAAAUAAAAGUGAUUCGCAGAUUAAGCAGGAAGAAAAUAUCGGAUUGCAGUGCCCCUCGGAGUGUCCGAGAUAUUGUUUUGUGAGUGCUUGUUGUUUAUUUAUAGUUCGGGGGAAUAUUAUCGCCCAAUUUUGUGAAUCACCACCAGUGCAAGGGGGAAAAAACUACCAGCAAAAUGCCUACGGAACCGAAAGUUUUCGACCCACAUCCGGAAGUGGCCUCGAAUGCGUACAUCAAUAGCAUGGAACAGUACCAGGAGUUUUACAAGCAGUCGAUCGAAAAUCCGCCCCAGUUCUGGAGCAAUGUGGCCAAACAGUUCCACUGGGAAACUCCCUAUGAUCCGAAAAAUUUCUUCUCCUACAACUUUGACAUCUCCAAGGGCCCCAUUCACGUGAAAUGGAUGGAAGGCGCCUCGACCAAUAUCUGCUACAAUCUACUGGAUCGGAACGUGAAAAAUGGUCUCGGCGACACGGUGGCCUAUUUCUGGGAAGGAAAUCAUCCCGAUGACUACAGCCGGCUCACCUAUCGCAAGAUGCUGGAGGAGGUGUGUCGUUUCGCUAACGUCCUCAAGGCCCACGGUGUACAGAAAGGUGAUCGCGUUUCGCUCUACAUGCCCAUGACCAUGGAACUACCGGUAGCCAUGUUGGCCUGUGCCCGAAUCGGUGCCGUUCACUCGAUUGUGUUUGCUGGUUUCUCUUCGGACUCAUUGGCCGAAAGGAUGCACGACUGUCAGGCGAAGGUACUCAUCACGGCCGACGGGGCCUGGCGUGGAGAGAAGAUUCUACACCUGAAGGAUAUUUGCGAUCAGGCCAUGACCAAGGCCGAAGAGCUGGGUCAUAAAGUGGAGACCUGUAUUGUGGUUUCGCACAUCAACCGCGUCACUCCGGGCAAACCGGACUGGGAUGGUUCUUUUGAUACUCCCUGGACUGAUGAUCGGGAUUUCUGGUGGCACCAGGAGAUGGAAGAUGCUGAACCUGCUUGCUAUCCGGAAUGGAUGGCUGCGGAAGAUCCGCUGUUCAUGCUGUACACAAGUGGUUCAACGGGAAAGCCAAAGGGAGUCCUUCAUACUACGGCCGGAUAUCUCCUGUAUGCGGCAACUACUUUCAAAAUCGUUUUCGACUACAAACCACGGGAUGUAUACUGGUGCACAGCUGAUAUCGGUUGGAUUACCGGACAUACUUAUGUGUUAUAUGGUCCACUGGCCAACGGUGCUACUUCGGUUAUGUUUGAAGGUACUCCCUUCUUCCCGGAUAACGAUCGAUAUUGGGAGAUUGUAGAUAAAUACAAGGUUACCCAGUUUUACACGGCUCCAACUGCUAUUCGAUCGUUGAUGAAGUUCGGCAAUGAACCAGUACAGAAGCACGAUUUAUCAACGUUAAGGGUGUUGGGAAGUGUCGGAGAGCCGAUCAAUCCGGAAGCCUGGAUGUGGUACUACAAACAGGUGGGCAAGGAGAAGUGCUCGAUCGUGGAUACAUUUUGGCAGACGGAAACCGGUGGUCACGUUAUUACGCCCCUGCCCGGUGCUACUCCGAUGAAGCCAGGAUCUGCAUCCUUCCCUUUCUUCGGCGUGAAGCCAACGCUGUUGGACGAAAGCGGUAACGAAAUCCACGGCGAGGGCGAAGGCUAUCUGGUUUUCUCGCAACCCUGGCCUGGCAUGAUGCGAACGCUCUUCAACAACCACCCCCGAUACGAGUCGACCUACUUCUCCAAGUUCAAUGGUUAUUACUGCACCGGUGAUGGUGCUCGGAGAGAUGCCGAUGGAUACUUUUGGAUUACCGGCCGAGUGGACGAUAUGUUGAACGUAUCUGGACAUUUGAUGUCAACGGCCGAGGUAGAAUCUGUUCUGACGGAACAUCCCCGAGUAUCGGAAGCUGCCGUCGUAUCGCGGCCUCACCCUGUUAAAGGUGAAUGCUUGUACUGCUUCAUUACUCCCAACCAGAACGAGGCUUUCGAUAAAACGAUGAUCAACGAGCUCAAAGUUCUGGUGAGGGAACGAAUUGGCCCGUUUGCCCAGCCCGAUGUCAUUCAGCAUGCCCCCGGACUACCGAAGACCCGUUCCGGUAAAAUUAUGCGUCGAGUUCUACGGAAGGUAGCCAUUAAUGAUCGAGAGAUCGGUGAUACCUCAACCCUGGCCGAUGAGGCAAUCAUAGAGCAACUAUUCGCAAACCGGCCUGUGGCUUAGGUUAGGUUCUAGGAAACACGUGAUCUCGAAUCGGAACGAUAGCUGAAAAAAUACGCUAAAAUAAUGGGUUAACUAUAUCUACAUAUUUGUAAGAAGUCGGUUCAUUUGGCAGGUUUGGCUUAUGACUUACAGAACUUACUGGAAGACUGGUUCAGAUACUGAAGAUCUUGCUCGCGAAUGGUGCUAUCAAAAAGGAGAAAAAUCUUGUUCCACAUAAAAUAGUCCUACAAAUCAAACACUCCGUUAUUUAAGAGAUGAGCAAUCUUGAAGAUGGUUCCAAUUUUAUCACACAAACAAAGGAUUAAAACGCAGAGGAAAGAAUACUGAUACGAAGAAACAUCACACAUUCCGCAGCUCUAGGAAGUACAUUGAAAAUAAGAUGUCUUUUUCGAUCUGUUCGUCGGUGUAAAUGUAGCUGUGCUUCACCUAUUAUACGUUUUAAAGUUCUAGUUUUUAAGUAUUAUAUAUGAACAAGCAUUUCGUUAUGAACGAAACCAGAUCAUUACUGUGAGGAAACUACUGGUAAAAUAUGAUCUAGUAAAAACAAAACAAAUACUGAACCAACACAAAAAUGAAAACGCUAGCUUUUAAGUAGUUACACCACAUUGUGCACAGAACGCCUUUUUUAUGCAUCUUCUAUGCCUUUUAUGUUUAUUUUACAAGAAAAAAAACGCAAAUAAACACUUCUAUUUCUAUGACACUACACACCACCUUUUUUCUUACGUUUACCCCGACAAAUCUCCCUCAUCAUAAUCAUAAAAAAUUCACUUGUAAGGUUUCUCUCAUCGAAAUUUCUCUCAUAAAAAUCGAAGUCAUCGCCCCAAACUGAAGAAACUUUGUUUCUUCGACCUUAUCGAAUUGGAAUUGAUCGCACCAGAACCCCGUUGAAAUCCAAAAGUAGCACUGUUCCAAUGAUGUUUCACCACAAUUGUAAGCUAAAACGCCCCUGCAACCAUUAUGAGCGCAUUUAUCUCGUAGAAGUUACUCAAUAACGCCCACAACUGAUACAUAUCAUCCCUGCAAACCACACUGUGUGUUUGACAUAAAGUGGCUGAGGGAAAACGCGUAAACGCAAAGACUUCUCAAAAAUUUACAACACAUUCCUAAUCAACCAAAAAAAAAAUACCAAGGCACAAAACCACAAUCCCUUGAUAGCCGACGGAAACAUAUCACUCAGCUGUGCCUGAUUUAGUUAUCGAGGAAAGAACAGGAAUGAACAUUAGGAACAAGAAGAAACUAACAAUGCUGUUGCAGAAUUAUAAGAUACACUAAUCGAAACUGAUUUGAGAGCCUAAGCUGUAGAUGGAAAAGAAAUAUUUAAAAAAUUAGCAAUUGUUACAAAGUUUGAUGACGAUAUUAAAACCUAUAGUAUUAUGAUAUUGGAAAAAAAAUAUAACCAGGGGAAUCGGAACAAACUCAACACAGUAAAAGACAUAUCGAAAGUAUUCUUACUGGACCGUCACAUGUACUUUGUUCAGAAGACCCUAUUUUAACCAAACAUAUCGCUACUUCGUAGCCUGACGAGCCGUUUUGAUCUGAUCCAAUAUCGCUGAUCUAUGUAAUCUAUGUAAAAAUACAUACAAACAAAUACCGUGUGCUCGAAUAAAUAGCACCUAGAAAACCAGAAAAAAAAGUUCUACAAUAAAUCACUGAAUGUAGUCAAAACGUGAA